GGUCAAACUGUGAAUGUUCGCUUUAAUGUUCUCAUCCACACCUUUCCUCAUUCCUACAGCAGAGUCCCACAGAGCUCCAGGUGAUCUCUAACCUCUUCUGACCCUCACGUCUCCUUGGACUCUCCGUGAAUUUCAAACCCUCUGGCUCGGAAGUGAAAGGUGAAUCUCUUCCGCUCUCAUCACUGACAGGGCGGCGCGUGUAGCUGGACCUGAGCGACCCUUCAGUCCUCCACUGAUCCUGUCCUCCACUGAUCCUGUCCCCCAGGUGUAGCAGCUGCGGCACCAUCAUGGGCUUCCUAUUGUCCAAAUCUUUGGAUGCAAACAUGAAGAAGCAGCAGGAGUUCAUGCUUCAUAACACACGGCUGCAGAUGGAGCGUCAGAUCCUGAUGCAGAACCAGAUGAGAGAGAGGCAGAUGGCCAUGCAGAUGGCCUGGUCCAGGGAGUUCCUGAAGUACUACGGUGCUUUUUUUACAGUGGCCACGGUGGGACUGACUGCAGGUGCCAUUAGAAGAAAGAAACCAUUCCUGACAGCUCCCCUCAUUCCUCUGGGCUUUGUGUUAACCUACCAGAUGGACAGCGCCUACGGAACGCUCAUUCAUCGUAUGAGAGGGGAGGCUGAGAAUAUCUUGACAUCUGAAUGCGACCGUCUGGAAAUGCCUCAUGGGAUUCCAACCUUCGAGAGCAUAGAGAAGGCCCGCCGUGCUAAAAGCAGCCUCGCCUCCUUUUUGGAGAAAUGAUCCAAAAGCUGAGAAACCAUCCAGUCGGUACAUUCACCUGUGCUGCUUUUCUUUCAGUGUGGAGGAAGAACAUUAAAUGCCAUCUGCCUUGUUUUGUUUAAAGUUGUCAGAGUUCAUGGUUUGCACUAAUUCUAUAUUGUGGACCUGAAGGAGCAAUACUGAUAAAUAUAAUGGUGUUAUUGUUUGUUUUUUUAAAUUAUUACUACAUGUGCAUUAGUAACCAAAUAGUUUGUCAGCGUUAAGUAUUUUUAAAGCACAGUACUUAAGGUAGUUUGUACGACAUUUCCAGUGCAGUUGUAAAAUAAAUCUGGUCCAUGAACACAGCAGUGAUCAAACUCUAUUAGCAAGCAGCUUGUUUAUGGUGCUCUUCAUUAAAGGUGAACGAAGGGAUUUUAGACCACUAGGGGGAAGAAGAGAGCAGUGUGUCACCAAACAAAGCUACUUAACCGUCGUGUUGUCCUGCAGGUCAAAACUGACCCGGUUUCAAGUUUGAAAAUGUGGGAAAAGGAUAUAUUUUCACAGUGAAACUUCUGAUGUCCACAUUUUCAGCAUUUUUGGGAAAUUUUUGAAGUUUUUUUGGUGGAAAAAAGAAAUGUUAAAAAUGUUUCUUUAAGAACAUUGACAAAAAAAUCCAACGAAAAUCCAGCGAAAUUCGCUGGAUUUUGGUAGAUUUUUUGUGAAUGUUCUUAAAGAAAAUAUUUGAAGCUUUACUGAUAUAUAUGUAAUCGCUUUAGAUAUUUCUAGGAUUUUUUGGAAGACUUUUAAUUUUUUGAAAAUAUUUCAAAGAAUUUUCUUGCCAAAUUUGGGGGAUUCUUUUAAAAAUAAAACUUCUAAGGAAUUAUUGGAAUUUUAUUCCUGAAGGUUUUGCAAAUUUUCAAAAAAAUUGGGGAAUUGUUUUGCUGAAUUUUGCGAUUUUUUUCAGGCAAGGAGACAAUAUUUUUUGGUGCCCGUAAAUGAGGACUACAGGAGGGUUAAGGUAGUUUGUAAGACAUUUCCAGUUCAGUGGUAAAAUAAAUCUGGUCCAUGAACACAGCAGUGAUCAAACAUUGUUAAUAGCAGGUAGGUUGUUCAUGGUGCUCUUAAUUAAAGGUGCAUUAAGGGAUUUUAGACCACUAGGGGGCAGAAGAGGGCUGUGUGUCAGCAAACAAAGCUACUUAGCCCUCAUGUCGACCUGCGAUCAAAAUUGCCCUGGUGUAAAGUCUGAAAAUGUGGAAAGAAAAUGUAUUUUCACAGUGAAACUGCUGAUGCCCACAUUUUCAGCAUGUUUGGGAAAUCUUUGAACAUUUUUUUGGUGGAAAAAAAGAAAUGUUAAAAAUAUUUAUUUAAGAACAUUCACAAAAAAAAUCAACCAAAAUCCAGCGAAAGUCGAAAACAGAAGUUUUCCUGAUAUAUAUAUAUAUAUAUAUAUAUAUAUAUAUAUAUAUAUAUAUAGUCACUUUAGAUAUUUUUAGGAUUUUGUUUUGUAAGAUUUUUACUCAUUUUUUUAAGUAUUUACAAGAAUUUUCUUGCCAAAUUUGGGAAUUUUAAAAAAUAAACUUCAAAGGGAGGCUUUUAGGGAAUUAUUCGAAUUUGCUUCCUGAAAGUUUUGCAAAUUUUCUGAAAUUUGGGGGAAUUUUUUGGCUGAAUUUUUGGAUUUUAUUUCAGACAAGGAAACAGUAUUUUUUGGUGCCCGUAAAUGAGGACAACAGGAGGGUUAAGCAUCUCACUGGAGUAAUAUUCGUUUGUCUUUUACCUCAUUUUGAUCACCAGCUAUGUUACUUUGACCUGCUAAGGUGCUUAAUUUUGGAUUUAUAUUGGAAUGGAGCAGCAAAAUACAUCACUUUAAUAGAGCAUAAAUUGUCAAGAUUUUGCAGUAAGUUAUCCUAACAGCUGAUGAUUGUUAUCAUUUCAAAUUGUAAAUGUAAUGAACUCCCACCAACACUACUGCAACUGUAACCAUUAUUUUUGUUUUGGAACUAUUCAAUAGAUGUAAAAUAGUCCAAGGCUCUGAUAUUUAUGAGUUCUGUAUUUUAACUUGUAUUGGACAGUUCAAAACUAUAUUUUUAAUUCAAUUAAAAAAAUAUAGCAAAGAA